GUGCAUCAAAAUUAACGAAAAUCUGAGCACCAAAAGGACUCUGAAGAUGGCGACGCUUGAGACACCGUCUCGAAUAUGGCGCAGAAUUCAAGCUGCAGACGAAGGAGAGCCACCUUCUCUUCCGUCCUUACCUGCCUUCGAUUACUCUGCUGCACAAGACUCAGACUCGGACCAACAUUCAACUGACGAUGACUUUAAUAUAUUGCCUGUGCACUCCACACCCGCCGCUGUCUCAGCGCACACGGCGACCUCAACCAUAAAGCUACAAUCAAGUACUUCCAGCACAGCACGCUUUGCAAGCUCUCUCGCAUCACGCUCUGUUUCAGCAAAAUCGUCCUCUGCCUCUAGAACAUAUCCAUAUCCUCGGAGCCCUGUACAAAGCUUCGAAGCGAGCGCCAUAACCUCCCUUCCCCAUGAGAGCGACGAGAAUACAGAGCCAGAAGACUCGCCUCUCACACGGAGUAGCCGCAGUGUUCCAGAGUCACAUUUGCCGCCAGAAGAGAAUGAGGUCGAUGACAUGUCUUUGGAGGACGCACUACAGUCCGUCAGCCGCUCCAGCUCCCCGUUUCUUCCCGAUAUCCCUCCGGAAGGUCCUACGCCGAGGAAGAAAUACGACUACUCAAUUUCAUUACGUACUGAAGCUCAGCGUUCGCCAUUCGACAAAUUCCGUAAUGUUGCGCUACGCAAACCGCUCGCGCGGACGAGAACACCGUCCCUUUCCCGGACGACGCCCUCUCCUGUCUCAUCACCUCCAAACUCCACACCUCGCAGCAAUAGAUCCAUUGCACUACCUAUAGAAACACCGUCUCCCACUCCUGGUGUUUACGUUCCCUUACCUCGAUCGAGAACAGCCUCUCCGGCUAUCAUGUCACUCCCAAGCGUCGUGAUACAGCCUCCAGAGGAUGAGAGCAAUGAUGAACAAGAGCUUUAUCCAGACCAUUCCCAGGAUUUUCCAUUGGAAAGUGACCCUGAACCUGGGCGGGAGGACUCUGCCACCCAAUCGGACCGCGAGCCAACAUUCUCAUCCGCAUCGUCUGAUCCAAGCAAUCAAUUCAACAACGACCGAACCAUAGGCGCAUCUUCAACAGCAUUUCCAUCACCCGCUAGAUCAGUAUUGGAUUUCACACCCGUCCCGCGGCUUCGCACGCAGUUCAACGUCCCACCCGCAUACAAUGAACCAAGUACAGACGCAGGCGAAGAGCCCCUCACACCUCAUGCCCGCAGGCGGUCGUUUCUUCUUUCAGUGAUCAAUUCCACCGCCCGGCCCCGUAUAAAGUUCACCCCUCACCCCCACAAUCGGCUCGGUGCUCUCCCUGUAUCCCAGAGCUCAAGCGGGAGCAGUGAAAGCGCAUCCGGUGUCGGCGCAACGCCCGCCGGUCCCAUGCGCACCGCAUUUGCUGGUAUCACUCCUCGGCCUGGGCGGGGACGGGGACGCAUGUCGCACCCUCUUGCGCAGGCUCAUCUUCCAGAUAGCGCAUCCUCUGCAGGUGACAGUGAACAUCUUGCCUCCCCCUCUGACGUUGAUUUCCGCGGUGCAUCGCCCGCUUUCAACAUCUCCACUGCGUCCUCACAUGAUCUCACCACACACCCACGUGCAAACACCUCGUAUGACCCUGCGUUGGGCACAGGUCAGCGCGGUGUGGCGCGUUUCGACGCGCCGAAGUUGAACCACUACCUGCAUACACUGAACUCGAAGCUGCAGGAAGAGAACAAGACACUCGUUGACCGGUUGAGGAAGUACGAGGAGGUGAAGGACGCUGAGCAGCGACGGCUCAGUUUGGAGAGUAUGGGAUCUGAAAAGGGUCGAAGGGUCAGUUCGGGGAGUGCGCUGGGCGAUGUGGAGGAGGCGGGGGAAGAAGGGUGGGCAGAGGAGAAAAGAGAUUUGGAGGAAUUUAUCGAGAACCUGGAGGCUCAGCUCGAUAAGCUGGCAGGGGAGAAGGAGAGCGUGGACCAGGAGCUUGAGACUGAACGGCAUGAGCGUGCACGGGACAAGGAACGUUGGCGGGAGCGCAUGCACGAGGUCGAGAGUGGCGUUGCAGAGAUCGUGAGCGACUUAGAGACGAAGAUCGUGGAGAGCGAGCAGGCCCUGGAAGAAAGGACCAAGGAGGCGGAGCGCAUUCGCGAACGACUUCAAAGUGAGCGCGACCUUGCACUGGAGAGGGCUGGACAGGCUGAGACGGCAAUGGAGAACGGGAAGGAGCUUGGAGGCGCACUGAAGGAGGCCAACAACCGGAUCAGCGUCCUCACAGUUGACCUCCAGAAUGCGACCGCGCAGAUCAAGGAUAUGGAGGAUGAGAUUAUCUCGAGCGACAGGCGUGUUGACGAGCUCGAGAAGGAACUCAAGAAGGAGCGGCUCUCCGCCAAGCUGGCUAACGAUGAUCUCCACGACCAGUUGAGCGAGAUAGGGGCCGAGAUCAUGCGCUCUAGUGCCCGGACAUCUGAACUCGAGAAGGACGUGAAAGCUCAAGAAGCUGCCGCAAGCCGUCUCCAGCAUGAGCUGGAAGCAAAGACAGAUGAGCUCACGGAGGCACAGCAGCUUCUUGCACGUUCCGACAAGGAUACCAACGAGGAAGUUCGCGAGCUGAAGACCUAUACUGCCGAGCUCGAAGAGGCUGUCACAGCUGCGACUGAACGCAUCCAAGACCUCGAAGAUGAGCUCGCCUCCGCUCAAGACAGCUUUAACCAGUUGGAGGCCGAAGUACAAGAGGCUAACGAUCGUGUCGAAGCGCUGGAAAAAGAAGCCGAAAGGUCAUCGCUGCUGGUCAACCAAAUGGAAGACGCUCUUGACGCUGCCGAGCAGAAGAUGAGCACCGACCAAGAAGCCAUCGCAGAUCUCAAGGCCAAGAUUUCCACCCUCGAACGAGAAAGAGAACGCGAGAGGGAGAUGUCUCGGCUGCUGAAAGGCCAACAUUCUGACGAGAGCAAUGCUGAAUUAGAGAGUGUACUCGAAGCAGAGCUGGAAGAUGCGCACAAAGAGAUUGCAAGGCUCAAUGAGCUCCUUCAGCAUUCUCCUGCGCGGAAAGCUAUCGAGGCUGCGAAGGAUCAGAGGAUCGAGACCCUGGAGAAUGAUAAAGAGCAGCUCCAGGCACGCAUCAAGGCCCUCCGAUCGACCAGCUUCGAGACGACAACUCCGAACAAGGUGGUCAACCUCAGCGGGAUCUCGCCCAUUCAUCGACAUGUGUUAUCGAUGUCUGUUAGGGCUCCGAAGACACCCGGAGGCCCCUUGAAAGAUCUUUCCUGGUUGAACAAUACCACUGGCGAUCCCUCAGUGUCCCCGUUAUUAACCGAAAUCGCUCGUCUUCAAGGCGAACUCGACCUUGCCAACGACAAUAUCGAUCAGAAGCUCGAUGAGCUGGAAGAUGCUGGGCUGGGAGUCGUGUCCCUCACGAGAGACCUCGAGCUUGCCCGAUCCAAGAUUUCUCAACUUGACAACGAGAUGGGAAGGUUACAGAGACGCGAGGAGCGUCGGCUUCACCGACUCCAAAGGCUCCGUUGUCAGAAAUGUAUGGUAAAGGUGGACACAUCAACAUUGCAACGAUUUUACGACGCCGAUGAAAGUUCUUUGGAUGUGUCGUAUAGUGGCCUCCCCUCCAACCCACCGACACCUCCGACGAAGACCAGCGAAGCUCUUAAAUUAGACCUUCAGGCAGUAAACAAGGAACUUGACACGAUGAAACAGCGAUGGGAGGAAGAAAAACGUCAUCUUCUGGGAGAAAAGGCGGUCCUCCAAGAUGCUGCGAACAGGAUGGACAUGGAAGUACGAAGCGCCAAGGACGAAGCGAAAAGAGCCACUGAAGCUAAUCGACGAUCGAGAGCUGAUACUCGGGAGGUCGAGAGGGCGAAGGCUGUUAUUGCUGAUCUCGAGGCUGAACUGCAGGCCGAGAGGACGCGUCUCAGACAGAUGUCCACGGAGCAGAACCGCGUUCAGCGUGAGAAGAGUGAUGUUGCUCGUCAACUACAAAGAACCGAAUCAGAUAUCGACGAUGUUAAGAGACAGCUGCAGAAGGCCAAGCGCGAAAAUCAUGAGCUAGAAACCGAGUUGCGAACCAAUGCCACGAUGGAGCAACAAGCUCGCCUCCUCGAAGGCAAAGUCAAAGAAAAUGCAGAGACAAUCGAUCAGCUGCGGCAAGAGCGGUCUCUUCUUGCAAAGGACCACAGGGAACUUCAACGGCAGUUCACUGAAGUAUCAGAUCGAGUCAACAAGCUUCGAAAUGACUAUGCAAGGUCACAAUCAUCGCACAACAACCGCCGUCAUCAACUCGACUCACAUCUCGGUGAAAUCGAUGACCUGAGGCAUGCGCUUUCCAAUCAAGCCGACGAACUACAACGUAGCGAAGAGGAGAAAAACCGCAUGGCAAUAGAGAAGACCGAUGUUGCACGUACCGUUGCAGCCCUUGAGUCCGACCUCAGACGCGUCAAGCGAGAUGCCGAGGCGUUUGGACGUGAUCUUAAAACUUUGCGAAAGGAGAAGGAGAAGGUGCAGGAGAAACACAGGGAUGAGCUGACCAAGGCGGAGCGAGCCAAGAAGCAGGCCCAAACCCAGAUACGUCUCCUGAAUGAGCAGUUCGGCAGCCAGCAAGCGAAGUUAAAGACCGCCCAGGAGAAGCUCAAGAAGUAUGCGUUUGCUACUGAUGGCCACCAGCUUGUCGAGCUGAAAAAACAGCACAAGGAAGAGUGCAAGGGCCUUGUUGUCCAGAUUCGGUACCUCAAGGCGAAGUUCACCCGCGAGUCUACCUUGCGAGAUGAUCUUGUGUACCAGAAACAGUACCUUCUUGUUCUCCUGUCAAACUUUGGGGCGAGUGAGAAGCGCAUACUGGCUUGCAUAUCUCGGAUAGGAUAUCCCAAGCCUAAAAACCCACCAGCGCUAGUGAAGAAGCCACGCUCAAUAAAGAGCGUUGUACUGAGUGUCGUAUUUAUACGCCGUGUGAGGCAAGUCAGUAAAGCUUGGCGAGAAGCAAGUGCAAACAAACAAGCGAUUUCUGAUGCACUACAAGAAGUUCGUCGACGAAGAACCAUUGCAACUACAUCAUAGCUUCCCCGCUCCGCGAUGUCUUCCCCUCAAGCCAAACUGUUGUUAUCAAUAUGUUGUAUCAUUAUUUUGGUAUCCUAAAUCAAGUUCUUGUACGCCCUGCACCAGGCCUUGGCAGUGCAGGAAACCUAAAUUGCACGUUAUGAAGACGGAGGCCUCUUGCGCGUCUCCGAGACUAUUCGCACGGCAUCCUUGGAAAAUACAUAGGACAGCCCACUCCAGACCGUUGUUACAGCAACCAAAAUUCUGAAUAUGUCAGGGGAAGAAGGGA